UGCGAGCUUAUUUAUGCUUAAAAAUCAGAGAGGGGCAAGCCUAAAGACCCUGCUGAUAUCAGAUCAGAGCGUAUGCAGGCCUUCAGAGCAACCACAAACACGUUUCUCCCUUCUAAGGCUCGUUAUCCUAAUAUAGAAAGCUCCCGGAGAUAACACUGUGCUGGGCAUACAGUAGAGCCUAUGCUCCAGGCACAGGGAGUAAGUGUUGAGGCAAGAAAUGACUUUUUCCUGGCAUGACCCACUAAGAUUGAGCUGGAAUGGCAAUUAGAAGUUGAAGUGCUCAUUUAAUGUCAGUGAUGUGUAAACUACGUUGCCAUUGUUAUUUUAGUGCUGAUUUACAUAAUUGGCAUACCCUGAAGUCACACUGCACGAACUUUCAGUUCAUGCUAAAGACUUGCAGGAAGUCAUAAAAUUAAACAUUAUCUGCGCUGGAAUGCAACUGAAAAAUAACUCAACUGUUGAGGGAUUUCACCUUGCUUGGUGUCCCCUCUCUCCCACCGUGUGUGCGGUGGCGAGUGAAAAUCAGGUUAGCGAGUGUUGGGAGCUGUUGGCAUGAAGGAGUUUUAGCAGCUCUUUAAUUACGCUGGUGCAGUUCUGGGGUGGUUUGUUUCGCUGGUAUGUACCUGCCUGGGUGAGCUCCUCAUCCUGCAGGGACAUUUCAUGAGAAUUGCUGGAGUUGUGAUAGGGAAGCCAGGGGAAGAACCUCCACAAGAGGAAUUAUUCCACUUAGCCCCAGUGUGCGGAAUUCCCGUCUCAAAACGGUGUUCUUCCUACACUAAAAUGUUGUAAGAUGGAGGGAAAAGGCCGCUCCCAAAGGAGGAGCUGGUAAUGGAGCUGUCUCAGUUGUUAUUGCUUUAAGUCCUCCUCCGCAGUAAUUCAAGGUGUCACAGGCUGGCUGUGCCUUUUGCAAAUGAAGCCCCUGAGAGAUGUUGGGAAGAGGAGGUGGAGCACAGAGCGCUUACCUUGCCGGGAGGGCAGCAGGACCCCGGCUAAUGAUGGUGUGCCGAUGGCUUUGGCUUUGAUGAGGACCCUAAAUUAGUAGGUAUUGCAUACCUAUGCAAGGGCCUGGCCCUACCGCAGAGUCCAGGCAGACAAACAAAGAGAUGGGGCAGAGGGCUCAGCCCUGCUCGCGAAUUACUCGUUGUAUCACAUUUGCCAGGGCAGGGAUCGAGGGAUGCAGUUGGGAUUGGAAGUCCAAUCGCGCUGGGCACGGACCUGCCUUCUCCACCCGUGCCAGCGCUGUCCUGCUCUACGGGCGAUGCCACGAUCUGCCGAGGCUGCAGCCGGGCAGCACCGGCGUGGGCACGGAUGGGCACGAGUGGGCCCCGGCCCCGCGGGGAGCGCGGCUCAGCCCCGGGCCAGGUGCGGGCCCGCGGGCGGGCGGUUCGCGCCGGGGUUGCCGUUCCGGGCCGCGCGCUCGCCGCCGUUCCACCACUGGAGGGCAGCCACAUCUUAAAAAAACCACCCAGCCCAACCCCUCCGCCGCCCGCACGGGGCUGAGCCCGCAUCGGAUGCGCCGCGGCAGCGCUGCGGGAGGAGACUUCUCCCGAGUCCGGGCACUUCUCUUUCGGAGAGGAGAGCGAGGAAACCCCCAGAUUUCCAGCUCUCGCCCCGGGCUCGGGCAGCUGGCUCCACACUCUGGUAGGGGGAGAAAAAUACAUAAGUACAUAUAUGUAUUUUUAAAGUAGUUCUAAAGCACCGGGAUUCUCCCGGUACCUUACGUGACCUCCGCACCUUACCACCCCGUCAGCCCGGGGCACGGCGCUAAUCCGAUUUGCGGCGGCGGAGCGCUCGGGCUGUACAAUGGGUCAUUGUUCGACCCGGCCCGGUCCCGCUCCGCCACUGCCGCCCGGAGCGGGACACAGCACCGGGCGGGCCGGGGGUCUUUCUGCAUCGGAUCAGCCGCCGGUACCACAGUUUAACGGGACGGCCGCCCGCCCCAUCCCUCGCCCGGGCGGCACUGCGACCCGGGCGCGGGCGGCAGCCGCGGCGAGGGAGGGAGCGGGCGAGGGAGGAGGGAGGGAAGGAGCGAGGGAGGGAGGCGGCGUCUCCUUUAAAAGCCGUGCGGGGCCGCAGCCCGCUCCCACAGGGCGGCUGUGAUUGGCGCGGGCCCCCGAGCCUCCGGGGUCGUGACAUCGCCGCGCAACAAAAAGCCCCGGCGGCGGCGGCGGGCGGCCACCCCCGGCCAUGGGAGCAGGGACAAGUCAAGCUUCAUCUUGAUGUUGCUGCGGGAGUCUCGUUAAAUGUCCAUCUGUCUGAUGAGCGUGAUGCAAAGGACAUUUUUGAAAAGGAGCCUUUUAACUCCGUAGACACGUAGGGACCCAUUCACGGGCAGGCACACACACGCGAGGAGGAAGAAGAAGAAGAAGCAACUUCACGAUCGCUGCUUUUAAAAGGGAGAAGCUUUUUCCCUGGCUGGGACUUGCCUUCUGCCUCCUCAACCAGCUGCUAAAAGUAUGUUUCCGAGGCGGACUGCACUUCAGGGAACUUCUAUUUUCUGCUCGGCAGCUGUAGAGGAGCAGCAGCGAAGUUUGGAGUAACACCAAGUGAUGCGGGAAAAACACCCCGAGAGCAGAACACCCUCCUGCAGACACAACCCCUGCUGCUGCACACAGGUUGAUCAUGGUUGCCGUGACCCGCUCGCUCCUGGCGCUGCUGCUCUGCCAGGCGCUGCUGGGCGGCGCGGCCGGGCUCAUGCCGGAGGUGGGUCGGCGGCGCUUCAGCGAGCCGGGCCGCGCCGCCUCGGCCGCGCAGCGCCCCGAGGACCUGCUCAGCGAGUUCGAGCUGCGCCUGCUCCACAUGUUCGGGCUGAAGCGGCGGCCCAGCCCCGGCAAGGACGUCGUCAUCCCGCCCUACAUGCUGGACCUCUACCGCCUGCACGCGGGGCAGCAGCUGGGGCAGCCGGCAGCGCUGGGAUUCCCCCUAGAGCGGGCGGCCAGCCGCGCCAACACCGUCCGCAGCUUCCACCACGAAGAAGUUUUGGAAGAACUGCCAGAAACGAGUGGGAAAACAACACGGCGUUUCUUCUUUAAUUUAACUUCCAUCCCUCAUGAGGAGUCUAUCACCUCAGCCGAACUCCAGAUUUUUCGGAAACAGGUGCACGGAGCCUUUGAGAACAACAGCAGCUACCAUCACCGUAUUAAUAUUUAUGAAAUUAUAAAGCCAGCCACAGCCACCUCUAAGGACCCUGUCACAAGACUUUUGGACACCAGGAACACAAGAGGAAACAAACCCAGGAAAGGACAGAAAGGAUGAAGGAGCCCCACUUGUGCCUGGCUGCUGGGGACUUGGCAAUCUGACUCCUGCUUCCAGCCCUUCCUUCAGAUUUCUGCCUGACCUCAGGUAAACUGCACCACAACUUCCCCAUUGCUUAGAAAUAGUUAAGUACACUGCUCAUUCCAUAGCAUUUACAAACCAACAGGUAGGAAGCAUCACCUUGGAGCCAAGCAUCUGUAAAAUUGCUUGCUAAGGUAUGUGUUCCCAAAUUCAAGGCAUGGAAAACCCAAGAGUUUCAUAACAAAAUGUGGAAAACCCCCUACAAAUAUUCCAACACUCCCUUUCAGGCCACACCUCGAAAGCAAGUGAUACUCUAAUGGCCAAAUUCUCCUCUGGCAGGGGGCCAGGCCAGAGCACCCUUUGCCCAGUCUCAGCCCAUGCAAAAUCCCUGUGGGGAGAGGCUGGCACUGCCCAGACACUCCAUGGCACUGUCCCUUUGCUCAUGGCAGCAAUACCAGCUCACGGUUAGCGUCUCGGUGUCUGGCCAAAGCGCAUGGCAGACGCUGUCUGAACCUGGGACCUGGGAAAACGGGGAUAACAUCAGGAAACAACAAAAACAUCUUACGUACCUACUGCUCCCAUCCCGUCCCAUCCUGCUCCGGGAGAUGCCUCCUUGCCGUGGACUGAGUCAGCGCCUGGCCUUACGGUCCCUCAGCUCCCCACGGAGCUGCUGCCUGCUCCAGGCUUGGGGCUCUCGGCGUGUGGCAUCCCGGGAGCUGUGUCCCACCUGCUGCUACAGGCAGCCCUGGGAGCAGUGGCCUGGCUAUUUGCACCCAGUUUGGGCUGGUGUGGCCCCCUGUGUGUGAGUGCAGCUCCCCCGAGGGUCUGCGGGUCAGGAUGGAGCAACAGCCCCUACCCAGGAGUAUUCGCUGGCUCCUUUGAAAAAGCUCCCCAGAUGUUAAUGGGAUCUUUGGUUACCACAAAGUAUCUGCCUGGAUCUGGGCUUUGAUUCCCCACUCUGUAGCUCCAUUCCAGGCUGGCUGGGGCAGUGCCUUUCCCUCAGAGACCACAACUGACAGUUCUCCUCUCAGGGAGAGGGAGGAAUGGGGCAGUGGCUGCAUUUUGAGCGUGGGGAGAGGGAAAGGCUGUUUGAGGCCAUGGGGCAGCUGCAGGGCUGGUGAGGAUGAUCAGCAAUCACCUUUUUCCUUCUCUGGGUGGGAUGGUGAGGUGGAUGUCUCACCUGUGCCAGCUGUAACAAACAUGGGGGGGCUGAGCUCCAGCAGUGGAUGUGUCACCUCCCCCACCUGCUCCACUGGCGAGAAUGGCUUCAUUCUGCAAAAUAAGCACAGAGAGAGAAGCUGAAAUUGCCAAGUGGGAAUUCAGUUUGUAUUAACUCUGAGAGCUGGCCAGAGAAGGAGAAAACAUCCAUCUCAGGAGGGUGUUCAAAGAUUUGGACACUUGGCAUCACAUUUUGGUAUGUUCAAACAUGAUCUGUCAACUCCCAUCAAGGGAAACAAGAGGAAGAACAAACAACUCAGCCUGCUGAAGUCAGGGCUGCCAUGGUUAGAAAGUUCAUGAAGCACAUGGCUAAAAAUAGGUUAGUCUGAACCCAUGAUGUGAACACAACUCCACACUCCAUUACUGAAUAUUGUGGGGUUCCUUCCUCUCUUGUUGUGCUAAAUAUUAGGAAGUGAAAUGCAAAAACAGCUCUUAAAAGUAAUAACAACCUUCCUACCAAAAUUAAAGCUCAGCUGUGCAACUUCCACAUUCCUCAGCCAUGUAUUUGUGUUUGAGAAAAUUCAUGGUAAAAUUUUACUUACCUGAGCUUUGGGUGUCUCCAUUAUUAGUAGGCCACAAACGAAUUGAGUGGAUGAUGCAAAAAUGAGUGCCAAUAAAAU